GUGAUUUUGACGAAAGCUUUUCUCAAAACGUUGAAAAAGCGGAAAAAGCUGGAAUAUUACGGCAAUUCUGGCGCAUGCUCGGCCGGUGCUUGAAUGAACGUCGGCGUUACUUCUGUUUGUCUGCGUAGAUGAUGGACUCUCAGAAGUUUUGCCUCAAGUGGGAUGGGUUCCAGAGCAGCGUCACCUCCGUGUUUGACCACCUCCGGCGGGACGGUGAGCUGGUGGACAUAACGCUCUGCUGCGAGGGGCAGCGCGUCAAGGCACACAGAAUGAUGCUGUCGGCCUGCAGCCCCUACUUUAGGGAUCUGCUGAAGAAUAACCCAUGUCAGGAGCUGGUGUUCUUCCUGAAGGAUACCUCAGCCGCCGACCUGUCUGCCAUCAUUGAGUUCAUCUACAAGGGCAGUGUGAACGUGGCACAGACACAGCUGGGGAGCUUCCUGAAGACGGCUGAGAUGCUGCAGAUCAGGGGGCUUAGCGGGGAGGAGGAGAAGAACCCCUCAUCUCCGGUGGACCGCCAUCCACCGGUAUCGAGUCGCGCCGGCAGACCCCGCUCGCCGCGACCUCCCCCGCCGCCCCCAACGGCCAAACGACGGCGCGUCUCCGACGGCACAGACACACCCGGUCGGACCUCACCUCCGCCGCCGCCGCCGCCGCCCGCGCCACCGGCACCACAACCCACACAGCAACCCAGUGGCUCGCCUGCACCGUUCACCGACUUCUCUGCUUCACGGGGUGACCCCGCAUCUUCGGUUGUAUCAGGCGGUAGUAGCGUCGGGAGUCCGUCAACCGUCAACCACGCGCCACCAUCAGCUGGUGGUCGCUCCGGAGACCAACUGCCAACCGGUCCCGAGCCAGUAAAAGUGGAGAAGGUCGAUCUAACUGAGGAUGAGGACGAGACGAGUCUGGAUGCCACGCUCGGCUAUGUGGCGGAGUAUGAGGGCUCCGGCUAUGGGGAGCACUCUGCUGAGCUGGCCACAGUUGCCGCCAUGGCAGAGGCGGCAGCAGCCAUGCCGGGCGGCGCGGUGGCAGGACCCUCUCAGCGAACAGCCGGUGACGACUCGACUCCACAAGGCGUGGUGCGCUGCCAGACCUGUGACCGGUCCUUCAACACUCGUCGCUCGCUCACCAACCACCUUCACCGGUUCCACGAGCGUCGUACCGCAUGUCAGCUCUGCGGAGUCGCCUACUGCAGUCUGCCGUACCUGCGCUCCCACCUGGUUCGCAAGCACAACCUCAGUGCGGCUGAGGUGCAACGUCUGGCGCCCAUGAAGAAUCGUUAUAUGUCGUGGACGAUGCAAGAAAAUUUGCAUCAGGCAAAACUCGGGCAACGCUCGGGUUUUUCAAGUGAAGUCGGAGGAUUUGGGAUGCCGAGCCAAGCGCACUACCAGGGGGAGGGGUAUGCGUUGGAGAUGCAGAGACUUGGUCAGCUGGAACGCGUCUCGUAUGGCGGUGGUGGAGACGUCCGUGGUCAGGAGAUGCCGACUGGUGGGGGCUCAGCUUCAGGACAAGGGUCGAGGCCUUCUCAUGGUCAGGACGUGGGUGAAGGAAGUAGCAACCAGCAGUGCUCGCCCGCCGUUGAAGGAAUGGAAGCGGGACAAUCUCGCGUAGAGUGGCACGAAGGAUCCUCUUCAGAGAGGGACUAUGAUGUCGCUAAGGAUCACUAUCAAUAAAGUUCCUUGGUUCAGGCUGGACGGUGGGUCCAUUUGCGAAAGUGUCUUCGCUUGAUGCGUGAACCUCGUAAUCUUGCGAAGGGCGAUGCUGCUAGUUUCUUUAGCUCGGCCCAUAUGCUUUGAAAUCAUGUCGAUGGUGCGUGUACAAUUUUCUUGUAGAUAUUGUUCAAUGUGUUGCAACUUGCAGACGAAAACACAAGCUUAAAGGCAGCACGGGGAGUGGUUGCGUUGUUCCCGUAUGCAUUGCGGUGUAUGAUAUGGUUACGUGUACGCGAAGUGCACAGUGUUUCGAAACAUGUAGGGAUGUUGUAAAUUUUUGUACUUUUCAAUGGAUGAUCUGUUCGAUCUGUUCGUUAUAUCGAACUAUUAUUUAGCUCUGUUGUUUGGAUUCCGUUGCUGAAGAUAUGCUUGUUUUGUUAUUUCAUACAGUUUUAUCUGUUUAGACUGUAGAAUAAUAGGCAUCGUUAUCGCUUUAUGGGAUAGGUGCCGCAGUUCCUCACACUUUCACUUUACCUUUCAAAGUAACCAUAAUUCUCAUUUUUCUUCACACAAUGUGAAUAUUUCGCCUUUUCCAAUAAAGCACGUUGAACGAAUGAAGCUGAAUGUAACUUCUUGCACAGUAAGCUACUUUUUAAAGAGUGAUUAAUGGUUCAGUGAAAAUGGCAUGUCUUGGCGCGUUUAGCGGAAUCUUCUUCGUAUAGUUCGUAUUUCGUAUAGUUGUUAUUCGUAUAGCGGGAAGUGUUGGGCACAACUGAGUAUGUCCUUUGAUUAUUCUAACUGCUAGUGCACGCAAAUGUUUAUGAUUCUGCAAAUGCAAGAAAUGUGACAUGUGCAUAUGUAUUUGGGAAAAGCUGAUACUGAUCCCUCUUAUAUUCAUGUGACACAGACUGAACCUUGCGUAGUUUUCAAGCUGAUGUUGAUAACACGUUGUUGAGCUCUACAGAUAUAUAAUACAAAUUAAAGCAUUCA